AUCUACCACCUGCGCAAGAGUAAUCUGCGAUGCUCCAUACCUACUCCUUGAAACCGAAGUAAAGACAGAGCCCAUCAACCUACUUUAACUAUCCGCUCCGUCUCUCCGGAAAACAGAACAGUGGUUUCAGAUUUCUUGUGUUUCUUUGUUCAGAAACGAUGACUCCGAUGGGAGUUCUGGGUGUGUUGUUCCUGCUUCUUGCUCUGUACUGCGGCAUAGACCCUUUCAAGCACAGUGCAAUUUCUGGGUUCCCUGACUUUAAGGCCUACUAUGUCGACAUGCCUCCAUUGUCCUCGGUUCCUAAGGAGAAAGACACUCAAAACUUGCUCCAGAAAUCUCAGAUUAUGUUCUUGAACCAGAUUCAGGGUCCUGAAAGCGUGGCCUUUGACCCUCUUGGGCGAGGACCCUAUACUGGGAUUGCUGAUGGCCGAGUUGUGUUCUGGGAUGGUGAGAAAUGGAAGGAUUUUGCUUAUACUUCCAGCAAUAGGUCAGAGCUAUGUGACCCAAAGCCAUCACCUUUGAGUUACCUGCCAAAUGAGCACAUCUGUGGCAGGCCUUUGGGCCUCCGGUUUGACAAGAGAACUGGUGAUUUAUACAUUGCAGAUGCAUAUUUAGGGUUGUUGAAGGUUGGGCCAGAAGGUGGAUUGGCAACUCCACUUGUAACUGAGGCAGAUGGGGUGCCACUGAGGUUUACCAAUGACCUUGACAUUGAUGACGAAGGGAACAUCUACUUCACGGAUAGCAGCAGCAACUACCAGAGAAGGAACUUCAUGCAGCUGGUUUUCUCAGCAGACAAUAGUGGGAGGGUUCUGAAGUAUGACCCGAGCACCAAGGAAACAACUGCCCUUGUCCGAAAUCUCCAAUUUCCUAAUGGAAUUUCUCUAAGCAAGGAUGGAUCUUUCUUUGUUUUUUGUGAAGGAGUUGUUGGCAGAUUACGCAAGUAUUGGUUAAAAGGUGAGAAAGCAGGGACUUCAGAGGUAUUGGCCAUCCUCCCUGGAUUUCCUGACAAUGUCCGGACUAACAAAGACGGUGAUUUCUGGGUAGCAAUCCACUGUCGACGUUCCAUGUACACUCACAUCAUGUCAAUAUACCCUAAAUUCAGGGCAUUCAUGCUCAGGCUCCCCAUUCCAACAAAAGUUCAAUAUCUACUUCAGAUAGGAGGUAACCUUCAUGCGGUUGUUGUCAAAUACAGCGCGGAGGGAAAGCUUUUGCAGAUUUUGGAAGACAGUGAGGGGAAGGUUGUUAAGGCUGUUAGUGAAGUCGAAGAGAAGGACGGGAAGCUGUGGAUGGGAAGUGUUCUAAUGCCUUUCGUUGCAGUGUACAACUUUGCUUGAAGUUCAGAAUGAAGAACAAAAGCACUGUUGUCUCCUUUUUUCAAGCAUUCCCCCUCUCCACUCCCCCCCCCCUCUCCCUUAAAUUAGAACUUUGUAUCAAGGACAUGGCAUUAGGUUACUCUGAAAUUUGUCAACUCUUCCGGCUGUUUCAAGCAUUUUC